UAAAAUAGAAUGUCUUUGGAACGCUAUUUGUUUUCUUACGUAUCAAUGCGCGAUGCAUAGUAACGCCGUUGCUAAGGGCGCCAGUUUUCCCGCCGCCAGCGAGAUGAAAUUUCAUCCGAGUUGACAGCUGAUUGCAUCACGAUGUACGGCCUUUCGGCGAAAAUGGCGAUCAUCCUUGCAUUCAGUGACUCUAUCUGUAAGUAUGUCUCUAACCACGCCACCUUCUCUUCUGACAUUUUGUUUUCCCUUAAUGCGCACCCUGGAGCCUCAGUAUAUGAUUUGACUUCUGACAUCUCUCGUCACCCUUUUGUUGAGCCUGACCUGGUGUUCGUGCAUGCGGGGACUAACUGUCUUCCCAUGCACCGUCCACUCAGCCGGACUCUUGAUGAUUUCAGUUACCUUAUUUCUGUUACCAAGUCUCGCUUCCCGUCAGCCUCUGUUGUCAUCUCUAGCAUCCUGCCUAGGUUUGACUCUGAGGUCUAUGACAGGAGGCGGUCUGAGUUAAACUCUCAUUUGCUUCACCUAUGUUCUCGCCAGGGUGUGUUUUUCCUUGACAAUGGUAGCCGGGCUCGCCGGGCCAUGUUUUCUGUUGAUGGUUUACAUUUGAGUAGAGCAGGGAACAUCAGCUAUGCCAAGUAUCUUUCUUUUUCUUUGAGCCACUACCUGCAGCUGCACCGUCGCAGCUGCCAGCAUCGCUUUACGUUGAGGGGUGAGGAGUGGCCUGGGUUGGGGACGGAUGGAGGAAGUGGGAAGAAGGACAAGGAGCAUCCAGGAGAGGAGCCGAAGUCAGGGGAGUACCAGGGACAGGUGGAGUGGGCUAGGGUAGUCCGACAGGGGGGACCUGUAGCUAGGGCGGCCCCAGGGAAGGUAGAGGGAGGUAGUGUGGGGAAGGGACCUUCCCAGCCCAGGGGAGUACCCGUAGUUAGAUCGGCCCCAGGGAAGGUAGUGGGGGGUAGCGUGGGGAAGGGACCUUCCCAGCCCAGGGGAGUACCCGUAGUUAGAUCGGCCCCAGGGAAGGUAGUGGGGGGUAGCGUGGGGAAGGGACCUUCCCAGCCCAGGGGAGUACCCGUAGUUAGAUCGGCCCCAGGGAAGGUAGAGGGGGGUAGCGUGGGGAAGGGACCUUCCCACCCCAGGGGAGUACCCGUAGUUAGAUCGGCCCCAGGGAAGGUAGUGGGGGGUAGCGUGGGGAAGGGACCUUCCCAGCCCAGGGGAGUACCCGUAGUUAGAUCGGCCCCAGGGAAGGUAGUGGGGGGUAGCGUGGGGAAGGGACCUUCCCAGCCCAGGGGAGUACCCGUAGUUAGAUCGGCCCCAGGGAAGGUAGUGGGGGGUAGCGUGGGGAAGGGACCUUCCCAGCCCAGGGGAGUUCCCGUGGUUAGAUCGGCCCCAGGGAAGGUAGUGGGGGGUAGCGUGGGGAAGGGACCUUCCCAGCCCAGGGGAGUACCCGUAGUUAGAUCGGCCCGAGGGAAGGUAGAGGGGGGUAGCGUGGGGAAGGGACCUUCCCAGCGCAGGGGAGUAGCUGUAGCUAGGGCGGCCCCAGGGAAGGUAAAGGGGGGUAAUGCAGGGAAGGGUCCUCUCCUGGCCUAGGGGGGGACCUGUUCCUAAG